UCCGGACACAGCAGCCCCCUCUUAGCGUCGUUGCCCAUCCCCGGCCGUCCCCUUCAUCCCCCCUUGGACAUCAAGCACUUUCUGACCUUCAGGCUCAACGGGACAUCACCGCUCAACCUCUUCCCCAACUUCAACACGAUGGACCCGGUGCAGAAGGCGGUGAUCAGCCACACCUUCGGCGUGCCCGCCCCGCUCAAGAAGAAGCAGUUCAUCUCCUGCAACAUCUGCCACCUGCGCUUCAACUCUGCGAACCAGGCAGAAGCCCACUACAAGGGCCACAAGCACGCGCGGAGGCUGAAAGCCAUCGAGGCCAUGAAGAGCAAGCAGAAGGCGGCGGGGGCUGCAGCGGGGGCCGCCGGCCGGGACGGCACAGCCGACUUUGCCCCCAGCCCCGAGGGCAGCGGGGAGCCCGGCAGCACAGCGCAAGCCAACGGCCUGCAGGAGCCGGAGGGUGAGUGCAGCAGCCUGGGGCUGACGCCCAGCGCCGAGGAGUCGCCUGCGGAGCUGUCGGGCAGCGUCGCCCCGCUGGGCUCCCCGCCGGCCUCGGAGCUGUCGGAGGGCACCUCGGACGCCACCAGCAUGGCCUCCUCGGCCGCGCAGGCAGCCGAGGCGCAGGCAGCUGAGUCGGGCAGCAGCGUCAGCUCGGCCCCCGAGAGCGAGAAGGAGGGGAAGAAGAGCAAACAGCACCUGUACUGUCCCACCUGCAAAGUGACUGUCAACUCCCUGUCCCAGCUGGAGGCUCACAACACCGGCGCCAAGCACAAGUCGAUGCUGGAAGGUCACGGCACCCAGAUGCGGCGAGGCCGAGGCAAGCUCCUCUCCCGGGCAGGGCACAAGUCCAAGCGGAUCGGCAACAAGGGCAGCAUCAACAUCCAGAACAAGGCGUUUCACUGCCAAGUGUGCGAGAUCUACGUGAACUCGGAGACCCAGCUCAAACAGCACAUGAGCAGCCGGAGGCACAAAGACAGGCUGGCGGGGAAGCCGCCCAAGCCCAAGUACAGCCCCUAUAACAAGCUGCAGAAGAACGCUGCCCUCGCAGUGAGUAUUCUCAAGGUAUCUGUCUCCCUGCACAUUACCCACCCGUCCAAGCUGGCUUUGACGCCGCCAGCCCACGUCCGCACCACGCCGGGCCCCAUUGUCUUUGCGCCCUACUAG